AUGACGCCGUAUAUCACUACCAAGUUUAUUCUCAAAACUUCACCCAGGGAUCUAUCAAACAGCAGGUUGUCUGAACAAGUCAACAAGUCAUUUCCUUUAAAACUUUUGGUUGAUGUUUUUGAGAAAAAAAAAAGCUUCGCGACAAGCAGUCAAAUGGAUCGUUAUCAAAUUAAGCGAAAAAAAAAGCAGGCUAAAAAUAUUCAAAUUCAAGCAGAAAUUCAUAACAAAAAGAAGAAGAAAAAAAAAUGCAACAACGUUUCAAAAGAAAGAGAAAAAUCUCAUGGAAUUCCUUCAGAUGACAGCAUUUAA